CCGAAUAAGAAGCUAACACUUCAGCCUCGUUACAGGACGUGCGUUUCUGUCUCCAGAUGCCGAUGUAAUAUACAGUAUGCAGCAGGUAUUACGUGUAUUGUGUGUAUUAUUAGAAAGAGAUGGGAUUCAUUCAUAUAUAUAUGAGAGAGGACCCCAGCAGCAGCAGCAGCUGUGCUGCACUGAGACUGAUGACAGGCAGCAGGAAGGAGCCUGGCAGCAGUGAGCAGCCUCUUCCUCACAUGCAAUCAAUGCUGCGUCCCCGGCUGCUGCCAUAGCAGAGUGUGUGCCUGUCCUCUCUGCCUCUCUCUCCCCCAUCAUCAGGCUCCUGAGGGAGGAAGGAUCAACACAAAUACUGUCUUCAUCCUCUGCACAGCAUACAAACCCUGCCCGAGAAUGAAUAAAAGCUAGAGGUGCAGGCACAAACAUCCAUGCAAUGAAGGAAAAGGCAGUGCAAUAGGCUACGUUUAAUUGGGAAGUCAUCAGCACCCUGUGAACAUUGCCCACUCCCUACCUUCAUGUCAGCUGCAGAGCAUGGAUCUGGGCAGGCUGCCCCUUCUGUAAUCUUACAACAACUUCAAGGCACCCCAGGAAGAAGCCAGAGAGAGGCAGACGGAUUUGCAUACACUAAGAGGAAAAGAUAGAGAAGAGCAACAGAGACUCAAAGAGGCAUGAAAACCAAAAGUGACAACAGUAUGCUGAAGCGAAAGCAGAGCUCCAGAGUAGAAGCCCAACCAGUUACAGAUUUUGGACCCGAUGAAUCACUAUCCGAUAAUGCAGAUAUCCUGUGGAUCAAUAAGCCAUGGGUGCACUCAUUACUACGCAUCUGUGCAAUUAUCAGUGUCAUUUCCGUUUGUAUGAACACCCCAAAGACCUUUCAACAUUAUCCUCCUCUACAGUAUGUGACAAUUGCUCUUGACACGCUAUUGAUGUUCCUUUAUACCGCAGAGAUGAUUGCAAAAAUGCACAUACGAGGAAUUGUCAAGGGAGACACUUCCUAUGUGAAGGAUCGUUGGUGUGUUUUUGAUGGAUUCAUGGUAUUUUGUCUAUGGGUAUCCCUAGUCCUGCAGGUAUUUGAAAUUGCAACCGUUGUAGACCAAAUGUCUCCAUGGGGAAUGCUGCGGAUUCCACGUCCUCUGAUUAUGAUUCGUGCUUUUCGAAUUUAUUUUCGAUUUGAACUGCCAAGGACUAGGAUAACAAAUAUUUUAAAGCGAUCGGGAGAACAGAUCUGGAGUGUUUCUAUAUUUUUACUGUUUUUCCUUCUUCUUUAUGGAAUUCUUGGAGUUCAGAUGUUUGGGACUUUUACAUAUCAUUGUGUGACAAAUGAUACACAACCUGGAAAUGUCACUUGGAAUAAUCUUGCCAUUCCGGAUACUCACUGUUCUCCAGAUGGAGAAGGAUACCAGUGUCCCCGGGGUUUCAAGUGCAUGGACCUGAAAGACCUUGGUCUGAGCAGACAAGAGCUUGGAUACAGCGGAUUCAAUGAGAUAGGGACCAGCAUAUUUACCGUAUAUGAAGCUGCAUCUCAGGAAGGGUGGGUUUUCCUUAUGUACAGAGCAAUUGACAGCUUCCCCAGAUGGCGCUCCUAUUUCUAUUUCAUUACCCUCAUUUUCUUCCUUGCUUGGCUUGUUAAGAAUGUCUUCAUUGCUGUGAUCAUUGAGACCUUUGCUGAAAUUAGAGUGCAGUUUCAACAGAUGUGGGGUUCUCGAAGCAGCACCACUUCUACUGCUACCACUACGAUGUUUCAUGAAGAUUCAACUGGUGGAUGGCAAUUAGUUGCUGUUGAUGUGAAUAAGCCCCAGGGGAGAGCUCCAGCAUGCCUGCAGAAAAUGAUGAGAUCGUCCAUUUUCCACAUGUUUAUACUGAGCAUGGUUGCAGUGGAUGUAAUUGUAGCUGCCAGCAACUACUACAAGGGGGAGAACUUUAAAAGACAGUACGAUGAGUUCUAUCUUGCCGAGGUGGCAUUCACUGUACUUUUUGACUUGGAAGCUCUAUUGAAGAUUUGGUGCCUAGGAUUUACGGGCUAUAUUAGCUCCUCUCUUCACAAAUUUGAGCUACUCCUUGUAGUUGGGACAACUCUUCAUAUUUAUCCAGUUCUUUACCACUCUCAGUUUACCUACUUCCAGGUUCUAAGGGUGGUACGACUAAUCAAGAUCUCACCAGCUCUGGAAGACUUUGUAUAUAAAAUAUUUGGACCUGGUAAAAAACUAGGAAGCCUAGUGGUAUUCACUGCCAGUCUGCUCAUUGUAAUGUCAGCAAUCAGCUUGCAGAUGUUCUGCUUUGUGGAAGAGCUAGACCGCUUCACCACCUUUCCUCGGGCUUUCAUGUCAAUGUUCCAGAUUUUGACUCAGGAGGGAUGGGUAGAUGUGAUGGAUCAAACCCUUAACGCUGUUGGACAUAUGUGGGCUCCUGUGGUUGCCAUUUACUUCAUCCUUUACCAUCUCUUUGCCACUUUGAUUUUGCUCAGUUUAUUUGUGGCGGUUAUCUUGGACAAUCUAGAGCUUGAUGAAGAUUUGAAAAAGCUGAAGCAGUUGAAGCAAAGUGAAGCAAAUGCUGACACCAAAGAGAAAUUGCCAUUACGCCUCCGUAUCUUUGAAAAAUUCCCCAACAGACCUCAGAUGGUGAAGAUCUCCAAACUUCCUUCCGAUUUCACAGUUCCUAAAAUAAGGGAAAGUUUCAUGAAGCAAUUUAUUGAUCGACAACAGCAGGACACAAGUUGCUUACUGAGAAGACUUCCAUCAGCUUCUUCUUCUUCCUGUGAUCACUCUAAACGAUCAGGCAUUGAGGAAAAUAAGUACAUUGACCAAAAGCUACGCAAAUCAGUUUUUAGUAUCAGAGCACGAAAUCUCCUGGAAAAGGAAACCGCAGUAAAUAAAAUCCUCAGAGCGUGCACCAGGCAGCGCAUGCUGAGUGGUUCGUUUGAAGGGCAGCCUGCUAAGGAAAGAUCAAUCCUUAGUGUGCAACAUCAUAUACGACAAGAAAGAAGAUCACUAAGACACGGCUCAAACAGUCAAAGAAUUAGUAGGGGGAAGUCUUUGGAAACAUUAACACAAGAUCACUCCAACACUGUAAGGUACAGAAAUGCCCAAAGAGAAGACAGUGAAAUAAAAAUGAUCCAAGAAAAAAAGGAGCAAGCAGAAAUGAAAAGGAAAGUGCAAGAAGAGGAGCUGCGAGAGAACCACCCAUACUUUGACAAGCCACUAUUCAUCGUAGGCCGCGAGCACAGGUUCAGAAACUUCUGUCGGGUGAUUGUUCGAGCACGAUUUAACGCCUCAAAAACCGAUCCUAUUACUGGAGCAGUGAAAAAUACCAAAUAUCACCAACUAUAUGACCUCCUAGGGCUGGUGACUUACCUGGACUGGGUCAUGAUCGUGGUCACCAUAUGCUCCUGUAUAUCUAUGAUGUUUGAAUCCCCCUUCAGAAGGGUAAUGCAUACACCAACUUUGCAGAUUGCAGAGUAUGUCUUUGUGAUAUUCAUGAGCAUUGAACUGAAUUUAAAGAUUAUGGCAGACGGCUUAUUCUUUACUCCCACAGCUGUUAUAAGGGAUUUUGGAGGUGUGAUGGACAUAUUCAUAUAUCUUGUCAGUCUAAUCUUCCUCUGCUGGAUGCCGCACAAUGUUCCAGCUAAAUCUGGUACUCAGCUUUUAAUGGUACUGAGAUGCUUGAGACCUCUCCGCAUAUUUAAGUUGGUACCUCAGAUGAGGAAAGUUGUACGUGAACUUUUCAGUGGCUUCAAGGAAAUAUUUCUGGUAUCCAUUCUUCUUCUUACGCUGAUGCUAGUAUUUGCCAGUUUUGGUGUCCAGCUGUUUGCAGGGAAACUUGCUAAGUGCAAUGAUCCAAAUAUUGAUACCAGGGAAAAUUGCCAUGGCAUAUUUAGGAUUAAUGUCAGUGUUUCUAAAAAUCUAAAUCUGAAGUUAAAACCAGGAGAAAAGAAGCCAGGAUUUUGGGUUCCAAGAGUUUGGGCAAAUCCUCGUAACUUUAAUUUUGAUAAUGUUGGAAAUGCUAUGCUGGCUUUAUUUGAAGUGCUGUCUUUAAAAGGUUGGGUUGAAGUCCGAGAUGUUAUCAUUCAUCGCGUUGGACCGAUACAUGGAAUUUAUAUUCAUGUGUUUGUGUUCCUUGGGUGCAUGAUAGGCCUGACUCUUUUUGUUGGUGUGGUUAUUGCCAACUUCAAUGAAAACAAGGGAACAGCUUUGCUGACUGUUGAUCAAAGGAGAUGGGAAGAUCUUAAAAGCAGACUCAAGAUAGCUCAACCGCUCCACCUCCCUCCUCGUCCAGACAAUGAUGGCUUCAGAGCACGAAUGUACGAUAUAACACAGCAUCCAUUUUUCAAGAGGACUAUUGCAGUACUUGUCUUGGCUCAAUCAGUUUUACUCUCAGUCAAGUGGGACGUGGAUGAUCCUGUGACUGUUCCUCUAGCAGCAAUGUCAGUUGUUUUCACCUUCAUUUUUGUUCUAGAGGUAACAAUGAAGAUUACAGCUAUGUCACCAGCUGGAUUUUGGCAAAGUAGGAGAAAUCGAUAUGACCUACUUGUGACGUCUCUUGGUGUUAUUUGGGUUAUACUACAUUUUGCCUUACUUAAUGAAUAUACCUAUAUGAUGGGCGCCUGCAUAAUUGUCUUUAGGUUUUUCUCUAUAUGUGGAAAACAUGUUACACUGAAGAUGCUGUUGUUGACUGUUGUUGUCAGCAUGUACAAGAGCUUCUUCAUUAUUGUUGGGAUGUUUCUAUUGCUUCUUUGCUAUGCUUUUGCUGGAGUUGUCCUUUUUGGAACAGUAAAAUAUGGUGAAAACAUUAACAGGCAUGCUAACUUCUCCACAGCAGGGAAAGCUAUAACCGUUCUCUUCAGGAUAGUAACUGGUGAGGACUGGAACAAAAUAAUGCAUGACUGUAUGGUACAGCCUCCUUUUUGCACUCCAGAUCACAAUAGAUACUGGGAAACCGACUGUGGAAAUUACGCUGGAGCACUUAUGUAUUUCUGCUCCUUUUAUGUCAUUAUUGCCUAUAUCAUGUUAAAUCUACUGGUUGCCAUUAUUGUAGAGAACUUUUCCUUGUUCUACUCCACUGAAGAAGAUCAACUAUUAAGUCCCAAUGAUCUCCGCCAUUAUCAAAUAAUUUGGAAUAUGGUUGAUGAUAAAAGAGAGGGUGUUAUUCCAACAUUUCGUGUGAAAUUCCUCCUGAGGCUGCUACGUGGCCGUCUAGAAGUAGACUUGGACAAAGACAAGCUCUUAUUUAAGCACAUGUGCUAUGAAAUGGAACGCUUGCAUAGUGGUGGGGAUGUUACUUUUCAUGAUGUGCUUAGCAUGCUGUCUUACAGAUCUGUGGACAUCAGAAAGAGCCUUCAGCUGGAGGAGCUGCUAGCCCGGGAACAGCUGGAGUACACAAUAGAGGAAGAAGUGGCUAAGCAGACAAUACGCAUGUGGCUCAAGAAAUGUCUCAAACGUAUCCGAGCCAAACAACAGCAGUCCUGCAGCAUCAUCCACAGUCUCCGGGAGAGUCAGCAACAGGAACUCAGCAGGUUUUUGAACCCUCCUAGUAUUGAGACAACACAGCCGAGUGACGACAUGAACCUCAGUAACCAAGAUAACGCACAACCAGAGACAAGUAGCCAACAGCAGCUUUUAAGCCCAACACUUUCUGAUAGAGGAAGUUAUCGGCAAGACUCUAUCGAGGCUGGAAAACGUUCCAGAAGGUUCGGCCAAUGGCAUCUACCAGCAGCACCAAAACCUAUAAGUCACUCUGUAUCUUCUGUUAAUCUGCGAUUUGGAGGUCGCUCUACUAUGAAGUCUGUAGUGUGUAAGAUGAACGCUAUGUCUGAUGCUGCCUCUUGUGGUUCAGAAGUCAAGAAAUGGUGGACAAGGCAACUUACUGUGGAGAGCGAUGAAAGUGGAGAUGACCUCCUUGAUAUGUAGGACAAUGCAAAGUAAACUCACACUGCAGUGUAACAGCACAGAAAGCCUUCUCUAUAGGAAACCAAUACUUAUUAAUAUUACUUUUUGACAAACAUGCCACUUCAUCACUGGAGUACCUGUAGGAAACAAACAGUGUAACAGCACAGAAACCCUUCUCUAGAGGAACCCAACGCUUAUUAAUUAUUACUUUGGAGCAAACAUGCCCCUUCAUCACAGGAGUACCUGUAGGAAGAAAACCAUGGUCUGGGAUUCAGGAAUUGUUUUACCAUCCAAGUUUAAAAUAUGCGUUACAGUAUGAGUAAAAUCGCUUAUCUGUCAUUGGCAAAUUUCCCAGCAUUCACAGAAUACUGGAACAGCUUAGCCCACGUUCUAGAUCCACAACACCGUAUCCUGAUCCACGUAUAAACUACCACACCUCUAUCGUGCAAUUCCAAGCAUUUGCCACCAGAAUAUUGCUCUAUACUGCUGGUAGGUAUCUAUUUGUGUUGGCACAUAUAAAAAACUGGAUGUGGCUUUACUAUACGGUCACUGGGACAUUAACCAAAAGACAUGAAAGAACUGCUCGCAUUAACACCCACAUUUGCAGCCUUUAGAAUAUACAGUAUUUCACAUUUUGGUUUUUUUCAUGACUCUUUAUGCCUAAUAUAUACAAGAAUGUACAACGCCAAACAUUGCUAAUAUUGACUAUUGUAAAUUAAUUUAUAUUUAAUAUAAUUGUAAUAUGCUAUGUUAAGAUAAUUUAUAUUGUGCUAAAAAGAGUAUUUGUCAUAACCUGUGUAUGACAGUGAAAGGUACACUUCUGUAAUUAAUUUUGGUAUAAUGUAUGUCACACUUACAGUAAGUUCACCUGGAAAAAAAAUCUAAUUGAAACAACAAAGACAUAUUAAGAAUUUAUUUUAAUUUUGUUUAAAAAAAAUUAUUUAAAAUGAUGUGUUAAAUUUAUAAAAAAUAUGCCUUUAUUUACGGUAAAAUAAGGUAGAUUAAAAUUUUAUUUUUUUAUUUUACUUAUUUAAAAGUUUAUUACCUUCCUGUCAUAGGGAGUCCUAAAUGUUCCACUCAGCACCCCACCGUAACAAUGGUCAGUAUUCUGAUACGGUAUGGCAGUGCACUUUGGUUAGUAGAUUUGGAGAAGUAUUUCUCCAAAUCCUAUUGCUAAUCUCAGAUCCCCUUUUGUGUGGAAGGCUGCUGCAGGAUUCUGGACUUACCUGCUUAAAAUGUGAAGAAGAUAUAAAUACAUAUUUUAAAAAGAAUGACAGUAUAUAUAAUGUGAGAUAAUAUAGAGAUGUACAUAAUUAUUACAUGACAUUCUGCAAAGCUGUAUAGAAAUAAUAAUAAUAAUAAUAACUAGCUGAUGUGCCCAGUUUCAACUGGGCAAAGGUUUGCUGGACGGAACACCUUUUCACCACCUUUUGCACCUUUUCACCACCUUAGGAGUCUAGUCACAGUUUCCAGACCACCCAGCAGGUCACAUGUUCCAGGUGAUCCAGCAGGUGAACAGGGAGAGUUCACCAACUGUCACAUUUUCCAGAGCACAAUUGUGAUGCAUUGCAAAUGGCAGGCAGACGUUUUUGCCAUAUUACUCCGAAAUUACAGUACAACGCUAAUAUUUUUCUGCAAAUCUACGGACCAAGACCUUUAAUUUGGUAUAUGAUGUGCCCUACUCAGACACCAGCAUCAUAGAAAUAUGUCACUCUUAAAAGUCAUUCUUCUGCUAUUAAUAAUAUAUAGAUAAUUAUAAUAAACAAUAUAGACAUAUGAAAGAUUCAGGGCCAUCUAAUGGAAGAGUGGACAUUACAUCUAAUCCCCACCAUGUAGCCCCAGCAUUUCGUCAUGAGAUUAGUAGAACCUUGGAGAUGUUCUACCUGUUUUUGGGACUUGCACACCAAAGACACUGUUAUUGAUUCUUCGUGUAUAAAAUCCUUCUUCAGACAUAAUAAGCUGUAGCAGUUUGACAUCACAGUCUGCCAUUUUGACACAGAUGUUUGGACAAACCAUGACAGCCACCCAAUAAGUUGUAUUGACAAUGUUCAUUGCAGUCCAUCUGUGCACCCUCAAACUUAUCCAGGCUUUUAGACUGCUACUUCAGUACUAUAAUCAUAUACAGUAUACAAACCAUGUCAUAAGAGCAGAAUACUAGUCAGGAGCAUCUAAGCUCUUUUCCACGCCAAUAUUCCCCAAUAUAGUAGUAAUAAGGUGAACUUUUCCUCUCAACAACUGAGGACGGAAGUUUUACGCCAUGGUUGUUUUGUUAAGCAGUUGUAUGCCUUUAUUUCGUGCUUUUUUUAUAUAUUAUAUGUACCGAUAAUAAAUGGUUUGUGUAUGUAUA